CAUAACUCUGAUUUUAGUUUAAUUAGUGAAAAGGAAGUUUGCAUCGCGACGUGGGGUGGUUGAGUUAGACAUUGGAAGAGAGAAAUGUCAACGCCAUCUGUUCAGAAGCUUUUUGAAAUAGGCACCAAGAUCAUCGGCGUUGGUAGAAACUACGCCGCACACGCUAAAGAACUAGGCAACGCCGUUCCCAAGUCACCGGUGUUGUUUCUGAAACCGACAUCGUCUUACUUGAAAAAUGGCGGAACAAUCCAAAUUCCACACAACGAGGGUUCUCUUCAUCAUGAGGUCGAACUCGCCGUCGUCAUCGGUAAGAAAGCUCGUGAUGUUCCUGAAUCAUCUGCCAUGGAUUACGUUGCCGGUUAUGCACUCGCACUUGAUAUGACUGCCAGGGACCUUCAGUCUGCUGCUAAGUCUGCAGGUCUUCCAUGGACUGUGUCAAAAGGCCAGGACACUUUCACACCAAUUAGUCCCAUUUUGCCCAAGACUUCUGUGGCAAACCCUGAUGACCUAGAAUUAUGGAUUAAGGUGGAUGGGGAAAUUAGGCAGAAGGGCUCAACUAAGGACAUGAUAUUCAAACUUCCAUUUCUAAUUAGCUACAUAAGCUCUUUGAUGACAUUGUUUGAAGGAGAUGUCAUUCUAACUGGCACUCCCCCAGGAGUUGGCCCUGUGAAAGAAGGUCAAAAAGUUACUGCAGGUAUUACAGGCCUCGUGGACGUGGAGUUUAAUGUUGGAAAGCGAAAAAUACCCGGAAACUAAUAUUGGGAUCUCUUGCCAAGGAGAAACAAAAGAGAGGAAUGCAUCAUAAAAAUUUCAUCAUUUGGAAUUGAUAUCAGGUUGUUUUUUCAUUUCCUAGAACUAGAAUAGGUACUCUUAAUCUCAGUGGAAGUGCCAUUUUUAAGGAUCAUGAAAAUGGUGACAAGUAAUUGUAUUAUGCAAAAUAAUUACCGUGAUGCGCUCAAUAAGACACCACCUAAUUUAUGAUGAUGGAAUAUUGGAAUGAUA